AUGGCACUCGAAGGUAGUACAAAUCUAAGUCAUACUGGAAAAUUAUAUCAGGGAAAAGGGAUCAAAUUAUCUGUAAAAGUUGAGCCGCUGGAAACCUUAAUUGAGUUGAGCCGUCAUAUCAAAGGGAAGAUUAUGCAAGAUUUUAAAAGGAAAUAUGGAAAUAUCUUGGAUCUUCUGCCAGUCACAAUACAUAAUGAUGCAAUAAUGGAAUUAAGCCAAUAUUGGGAUGCCUCGUUAAGAUGUUUCACAUUUCAAGACUUCCAAAUGGCACCGACUUUGGAAGAAUAUGGAGAAAUUUUGAGAAUGCCCCUUAAGGAGAACAUGGCAGUAUAUCUUUAUCCUGGAUAUUUACCAUCUCGAGGCACGAUAGCGAAAAUUUUGGAAAUUCCUAAGGAAAAGGUACGAAUGGUUUGCCCAGGACAAACAGAGGGAAUCUCAAGAGCUGAUGUAGAAGCCCACUUGAAAGUUUUGGCAGGAAAAGAGGCUUGGGUUACAUUUUGCAGAGUCUUUGCCUUAUGCAUAUAUGGAAUAAUCCUGUUUCCAUCAUCAAUUGGCAUAAUUGACUUAGGAGCCAUUAGUGUAUUCCAAAUGGUGGAAUACCAUAACGUGAAUCCAGUACCAGCAAUCUUGGCAGAAACGUACUUGACCUUAACUCAAUGUCACGAUAAAGGGAAAGGAAAGGUCAAUUGUUGUAUUGCAUUACUGGAUUUAUGGAUGCUUGGCCACCUUUAUGGAAAGACGCUUCCUUUCAGAAAGAAGAACGACUCAGACAGUAAUCCACUCAUGUCUUUUAAAGGCCAAUUCAUGAUUGACGGAAUGAGCUACAUGGAUUGGAAAAGAACCUUCUCAGAACUUAAAGAAAGUUCCAUUUUAUGGAAACUAGACUGGUGGUGGAAAGAGGAGGUUAUUUACCAUUGUGGUGACUUUCCGAAUGUGCCUUUAAUGGGACCCAGAGGGUGUAUCAACUAUAACCCUUCCUUAGCGUUAAGGCAACUGGCCUAUAAGCAAAAUGUUCCUUCUAAGAAAGAGGUGCAGGAGUUAUACUUUCUACAUAAGGAGGAUGGGACAAAGUUAUUAAGCCAGAAUGUCAAAGAAGCAUGGCAAGAGAUAGGUUACAAAGGGAAGAUUGAGCUAGGGAUACGUGUAGUAAACUCAAGUCCAGAAUACACUACUUGGCUGAAGAGUAUGAUUCAAGGAGCAAAUCCUUUAUUUCAUCCUCAAAAUCCCUUGUUAGGCAAUGACUUGAAAGAGAUUAAUGGCCAAUUGGUUGAAUGCUUGAAGAUGAAGGAAAAUGAGUUACAAGCGCUUGCUAACUUAGAGUCUAAGAAUAAAGAAGAAUUGGAAAAAUACCAAAACGAAUGCGUUGAGUUACGGAGGAAGCUAGCAAAGGAAAGAGAAGGGGAAAAUGAUGCAUUGAAGAAGGAAUUACAAGACAUCAGACCCAUUGAGGAGAUGCAGCAAGAAAUCAAUACGCUCACAAGACAAUUGGAAAGGAAGGUGAAUGAACUAGCCAGGGUGAGAGGAAGUGCAGCUGAGACAGCACAGAACUUUGUUCAGAGGCUUAAUCAACAAAAUGAAGUCUUAGAAGAGUGGAAAUCACUUUGCCUUGAUCAAACAGAAGAAACCAAAGAGUGGAUGUUAAAAUGUAGGCAGAUAAUUGAUUUGGCUAAUGACAAAAUUCCAGAAUUUGCAAGAGCAUUUAAGCAAGCUGAAGGCAUGGUUCUCCCUGGGGGAACUCCAUUAGAGAUUGUUGAAUUCUUCCAUUUGUGCAAUGAAAUUGUAAAAGAACUCAAUAGCGUGACGAAGUUCUAA